GGAAGCGACUGUUCAAGAUUAACUUUUCACCUUUAAUAGAGUAAAACAUUAAAAUACUUAGCAACAGAUGAUUUAGUCUUUAAAUUGAUGACCCGAUCACAAGGUUGUAGAUGUGUUUAUCAUCUCCAGUCGUCAAAUACCACUAACAGUCCAGGUUUUCAUAUAAUCUGAACUAGGUAAAAUAAUCAGCAGUUGGGUGAGAGCAGAUUAAUACCCAUGGUUACUGAUUAGCUGAUUGUUUCUCCUUUUGCUUUAGUUCAGAUAUCAUGAAAAGUUGGCCUGUUUGUUGUAUUUGAGGACUGGCUUUGACAACACUGCUGUAGUACAACUUAUGGGCCUACAGAGACAGCAAAACACAGUAGGAUCAGGGGGAAAGGCCGAACACAGGGGCAAUAAGGAUUAAGACUAGGGUGUUAUAGGCGGUAGCAUUGGGGAACCCAACAGCCACCAAACCAGAAACUUUGCCUGUGCUCAAGCUCACUGAGAUGCAAAGGUGACUCAAGUUUUGUUCACAGUGGAAAUGUCAUAUUCCAUCAACUAAGGAUUGAAAGCUGUCUGCUACUCCAGGACAAAGUGUGAUUUUUACAUUUUGGAAGGACUUGAGGAACAAUGUCUACAGUGCCAGCAACAAAAUCAGGAAUUUCAAAAACGUUUAAAGCAGUUGUUUGUGGCUGUAAAGUGCUUGGGAAAAGAAAUUGGAUGUGGAAAUAAAUGCUUAAAGCAAAUAUAAAAGAAGAUGGUCAAUGGCGAUGCUGAUGGUAUGGGUAUUGCUGAUACCUCCUGGCUCAAGGCAACUGCACCAGGGUACAAUCAUACAGCACCUGAACCGGCAGAGCCUCCAGAAAUCAACAAAGUGGACUGUCAUAAUGCAAAAGUAGCAACAGAAAAGCAACAAUGAGUUAAUGCUUUACCCAAAGGCUGACAUCAAUUUAUGGUGAUGCAUUUCAAAUAAACUCAUCAGAGUAGCAACCGACAGACCAGCGGACUGAAGUUCAGGAGCAGCAAAUAGACAUAAUUUGAUAUGCCACAGCAAUCAGUGCUUGCAUUAAAAGGUUCAAGCUACCACGGUCUGUUACAGAGACAUAAUAUCCAUACAGAAAAUGUAGAACAUAUUGUAGAGAGCUUACGGAAUGAAGGUAUUGAUGUCCGGUUGGUGAAAAGAAGAGACUAUAAUGAGGAGAUGGUGCAGUGGGCUGACGCUAUUAUAUCUGCUGGAGGUGAUGGCACAAUGCUUCUUGCGGCCAGCAAAGUUCUGGAUAGGUUCAAGCCAGUAAUUGGAGUUAACACUGAUCCGGAAAGGUCUGAAGGGCACCUUUGUUUGCCAGUGCAGUACACCCACUCCUUCCCAAAAGCUCUGCAUAAGCUUUAUCGCGGUGAGUUCAGAUGGCAGUGGCGCCAGAGGAAUCGGCUAUACCUAGAAGGAACUGGUAUUAAUCUAAUCCCUGUGGAUUUACAUGAGCAGCAACUGAGUUUGGAGCAGCAUAGCAGGGCACAUAACUAUGGAGGCCUGCAAGAGCAAAAAUCUGCAACUUUGUCUGGACCCCACCUUUUGCCAGUAAGAGCAUUGAAUGAAGUCUUUAUUGGGGAAUCUCUUUCAUCAAGGUUGAACUAUAACACCUGCAAACAACGUUUUACCUUCUCGCUCCAUAGGGCCUCUUACUAUGAAAUAUCUGUUGAUGAUGGGCCCUGGGAAAAACAGAAGAGUUCAGGUCUGAAUGUUUGCACUGGAACAGGAUCAAAAGCCUGGUCCUACAACAUAAACAAGAUGUCACCCCAAACUGUCUCAGAGGUACUGAAUAUUGUUAAAACACAUCAACAUUUAGACUUUCCCUUAAGCAGUGACCUAGUGGAGAAAAUAACAAAUGCUUAUAAUGACUCUCUAAUAUAUAACCCUGAAGAGCUGAAGAUGUUUUUCAGUAUUCGGGAACCUAUAGCAAACCGAGUUUUUUCAAGUAGUCGUCAACGAGGGUUUACUUCAAAGGUGUGUGUCAGAUCCCGUUGCUGGGAUGCUUGCAUGGUGGUUGACGGGGGCACAUCCUUUGAGUUUAAUGACGGAGCAUUAACCACAAUAACUAUGGAUGCUGAAGAUGCACUCUGCACAGUAUUGUUGAAUGAAUGAGGGCACAAACUAAAGAAACUACUUGAAUAGAUCUUCUGCUGCAGAAAAGCACUUAUGCCGACAGACAAUGCAUUUAUAUUUUUGAUAGAAAAUCUUUGGAGACUAAAACAAAGUGAAGAGGACAUUUUGCUCUUAAUUUGUUCAUUCCUUAGGUUUGCAACCUUACUAAAGCUUGACUAAAAAAAAGCAAUGAUCCUUUAUCAUCUGAAAGAACUUCUGUUGUGAAAUGCUUUUUCUGCAAUUUAUAAAGAAAACACAUUGUGAAGUCUGUUAACAGAAAGCAUUAUUCAACAAAAUCUAAACUGUGAAGUUACAAUUGGUGUGAAAACCGUAUCUUAGGAAACUGUAAAGAAGUUCAGAUUGUUACUAAGCCAUGCUCAUGCCAACUCUGAUCAACUGCUGUUAACGUGUAAAGGACUGCUGUGUACAAAACUAAACCGUAUUGCAAGAGAGGGAUGUAUUGGGAUAUUACUGUUUAGUUACAUUUUGUAUUUCUCUGAAAACUGUAAGAUAUCUUUUGGAGCAGUUGUUAACAACCUAUUUUCCUGCUGCCUUUUCCUGAAUAUAGUUUAAAAUUAUAUAUUUAAAAAAGAA